AUGAUUAUGAAAUCGAUCGUAUUGGUGUUUUUAGUCGGAAUAAUUUCUGUAAAAUCUCUAAAAAUAACAGAACCUGUUGAAAAAUCAAACAAAAACGAGUAUAUGUUUUACGGAUGGCGGGUCACAUUUCCAAAUUAUGAUGGAAAUAUUCCACUUCAAGAAUGCAAUGGUGUGCUUAUUAAUCCAAGAGUGUUCAUCACCGAUGCUUGGUGUAUGAUGAGGAACACCCUUGGACGUGAUGAUGAUGAAUAUUACAUAUCAAAAUUAUAUCACGGCUACUCAAACAAUAGCCGUGUUCUCACUGUAAAAUCUUCUAACAUAUACUAUCACGAGGAUUUUAGUGACACCUAUGACUUAGACAAAUUGCAAGUAGCUGUUCUGAUAACUGAUGACCCGGUAAAACCUGAACUUGAUGAAAAUGGGUACAUACAGCUGAAUUCAAAUUUUGAUGAUGUCAAUACUACGAGCUGUUUUGUUCCAUCCUACGAUAGUUGGAAUAUCACAUUCACGUCUUGUGAAACCGCGUAUAUCAAAUCUGAUGAUCCUCAGUAUGUUUAUUGCCUCAGUCGCGAUCUCUCUAAAUCUUCUGGAGAUAGUUUCAUCUGUCAUCUCAAAGCGCACCCUGAUGUCAAAGUUUUGGUUGGUGUACUGUCAAAAUUUUCUGAUUUUACCAAUUAUGGCAGCGACCCAGAAUUCAAGCUGUUUGUUAUCGAAAACGUCAGCGGGCUUGAAAAUUCAUGUACGAUCUGA